AUGCCUGAUAAGCCCGCCACCGUUGUCGCUUAUGCGGCUGGCGCUUCUCUGGCUGCCAUCGCUGCAUUCUAUGUCUUCGGACCUACCUUCUUCCUCGAUGGCGAGAAUUCCUACAAUACCAACGAUGGCCGGAAACGUACGAUCAUCGGCCUCGCGAACCCGGCCAAUGACUGCUUUAUCAACUCUGUGCUGCAAGCAUUGGCGGGAUUGGGAGAGUUGAGGUUGUACUUGAUCAAAGAAUUGCAUAGGAGACGGCUUGAGGACCCCGAUAUAUACGACUGUCCUCCCGCCAUCCUGCGGAAGGGUGAAAAAGCGGAUAAAGUCGUGAGUCUACAACGAGGCCCGGUCACUAAGGCAUUAAAAGAUAUGUUGGAUGCUCUGAACGAGCGGCCUAUAUACAAGAAGACUAUCACCGCUCGGCCCAUCAUCGAAGCCCUAGAGAGAGCGUUCCAGACACGGAUCAGUCGAAAUCAACAAGAUGCCCAGGAGUUCUUGCAGAUUCUCCUCGAAAGGCUCUGUGACGAGUACCAUGCAGCACAAAGGGUUCGGCUGAGUCUUCCGGGUGCAGUCAAUGGCCAAGAUGGCCAGGAAGCAGAACUGAAGCCUGCUGGGCUCACUCCCACAUUGAGCGGAGUCACCGUCGGAACCAACGAAGGCUUCCCUUUUGAAGGACGCAUCGAAUCCCAGAUCCAGUGUCAACGCUGCGGCUACAAGACGAAGCCCAGCGCCACGACGUUUGUCUCACUAACCCUGAAUGUUCCGCAGAAAAGUUCAACAUCGUUAGAUAACUGUUUUGACAUUCUGUUAAAAAGCGAGGAAAUUGAUGAUUACAAAUGCGACAAAUGCAGACUCAACCACGCAUUGGAGUGGAAACAGGAAAAAUUAAAAGCAGCAUCGUCGGACAAGGACCGAGAAGGAUUAGAGCAAGAUAUCGCACUGAUUGAGCAGGCCAUUCGUGAAGAUCCGGAGAAAGCCCCGGAGGGUGUGACCAUGCCUGAUUCCAGUCAGGCUCCGAAAUGCAAAAUCCGCAAAUCAACGCGCAUCACGGUGUUUCCAAAAGUCAUUGCCAUUCAUCUGUCAAGGUCCGUCUUUGACCCUGGAAGCUAUUCGACCAAGAACAUGGCCAAGGUAGCUUACACUCAACGACUACGUUUGGGCGGCCUACUCAACGAGAAGUGGUACAAACUGUUGAGCGUCGUCUGCCACAAGGGCAGCCACCAGAGCGGACACUACGAAUCAUUCCGACGGAAUCAUUUGUAUCCUCCGUUCGCAACUCCUGAACCAUUCCGUGCCUACGCGGACGCGAGUCGCAACAUGAGUACGGUACCGUCCACCGCCCCCAGUCCCAGCAUCGAUGCCAUUCAUGCCAACGGGACCACCACGCCUCUAUACCAUGGUGAUGGACAAUCUACAGCGUCUCUUUCUACGGCAUCAUUGUCCACGAGCAACAGCAGACCGGCGUCGAAGGGACUUGGUGCUGGCUUGACAGCCCAGCCUCCGGCAGAAGAGGGUUUGACAGAUUUGUCCCCGGUGAAGAGGUCCGACAGUCAAGCAUCAAGACCGCAAAUCCGAUCACAUGAGACAACAGCAGGGAAGUUUCGCCGACGCAAGAAAUCCAAUGAUCGAUGGUGGCGUAUUUCAGACGACAAGAUCAAAGAGGCGCGCACGUCGGAUGUUCUUUCUAUGCAACGGGAGGUCUAUUUGCUCUUCUACGAGCUGGAGCGCCCUGGAGACGAUGCCUCUAUCUGA